UAUAUAUAAAUUAGUUAGUAGUUAACGGUCUGAAGAGUAUCGUUGAUCUUACGUUGCUUUGCACCAUAUGUAGCUUUGCACCAUAUACAGCCAUUAUGGUGAUUAUACUUUUCAUCUUCAUUCUUGGAGGCCUAGCGGCGUCUUACUUUUAUUUGACCAAAAACUAUAAUUAUUGGCGAAAUCGAAAUAUUCCAUUCGCAAAAGGCAUACUUCCAGGAUUCGGACAUGUGUGGUCAUUGCUUUUAAUGCGAAUUACUCUAGCUGAUCUUAUUAAACAGAUCUGCAGUGGUUAUCCGAAUCAAAGUAUGGUAGGUUUCUACUAUCAGACAACACCCGCGUUAGUGAUUCGCGAGCCAGAAUUGAUAAAGACAGUCCUGCAGACAAACUUCGCAAGUUUUUCUAAGAACUUAUGGAAUGUUGAUCCUCACCUGGAUCGUCUGCUGAGAGUGAAUCCAUUUUUUACCUACGGCGAUACAUGGCUGAUAUCCAGAAGAUUUUUCAGUCUUGCAUUUACUAGCAGGUACUUAAAAACUUACUUUAACUGCAUUGAGCAGGUGUGCAAGAAGCUUGAAAAUUUCCUGAACGAUAAGCUGAGGAAGAAUAAUAAUGUGAUAGAACUUGAUUUAAAUAAACUGGCCAGCAGCUAUACUACGUCAGUAGCGUCUUUGAUCAGUUUCAGUGUGGAACAAAAUAUAUCUUACGAACACGAAUCACAGUCGGUAUUGUUUGCCAACGUUGCCGAGAAGGUAUUCGGUCCGUCUCUUUAUUCCCGAAUUAUGCAGUCUUUCAAUUUCUAUUUUUAUGAUCUGAAAAGACUUUUGCGAAUGUCAUUUAUACCCAAAAAAGUAAAUCAUUUCUUUUCUACCACCGUAAAGGAAAUAAUAGACAUUCGGCAACAAGAGCAGAGUGCACAUAGAUUGGACUUUUUGCAGCUAAUGUUGAAUAUGAAAAAAAACAAAGAAAUCGAAGAAGAUUUGAUCGCUGCUUAUGUUUUCACCCUUUUUGUCAAUAUCAGUGAUACGUCGAAUGUGUCACUAAGCUUUGUGGUUUAUCAAAUUGCCCGUCAUCCGCAUGUCCAGCAGAAGCUUCGUGACGAAGUGAAGAGUGUGCUCGAAAAAUACGACGGCCGGUUGACCUACGACGCUUUGAAGGAAAUGACGUACUUGGACCAGGUGUUGAAGGAGUCGCAAAGAGUAUAUUCUACGGCGUCUUGCUUGGCUAAGAUCUGCACCGAGGAGUUCGAGCUAAAGGGUUCGGAUGGGCUUAGUUGCCGCGUACAUCCAGGAACAAUAAUCUUCAUAAAUGUCCACGAAAUGCACAAGAACCCGAAGUAUUGGCCCAAUCCAGACGUCUUCGACCCCGACCGAUUCGAUAAGAAGACAAAAAUCAACAAAUACACCUUCCUGCCGUUCGGUGAGGGACAGAGAAUCUGCGUGGCCAUGAGAUUGGCUCUGUUACAAUCGAAGGCUUACUUGGCCGUGAUCAUGAAGAAUUACACUCUGGAGGUAUCGUCGAAAACGCCGAAGGAGCCUUUUAAGUUUUUGCCCGGUAGAUUUCUGACAUCACCCGUAGGCAGAUUAUGGGUUCAUUUUAAGCCUCUUUCUAGUUAGGAAUAUUGGCGAGUAAUAAUGCGUACUUUAUAUAGCUAUAAAUAUUCUUUAUAAUAUCUACCAAAAUGGAAAGUCUAAGACCAAUCCGUAGGGACCGGUGUGUUAAGUCUUAACGUGUUAAGAGUAACGUGGUAAGUUAACGUGUUAACUAGUAAUAAUAAAAUAAUUCCCGUAAUUCUUUAUCUUUCGUAUUUUUUUCUCUAAACUUUUCGACAAUAUUCCUAGCUAUAAAGAAUAUUUAUAGCUAGGAAUAUUGUCGAAAAGUUUAGAGAAAAAAAAAUACGAAAGAUAAAGAAUUAUGAGAAUUAUUUUAUUAUUACUAGUUAACACGUUAAGACACACCGGUCCCUACGGAUUGGCCCUAGAUUUUCUAUUUUGGUAGAUCUACUUUAGAGAACGAAACUGUACUAUGUGUAUAACUGACGAUUCUUUAACCGUCCCGGUAAUUGAACGAUAGUCGUUAAUUUAGUCGUCCAAUCGCUUCUCGUUUUCUUAUCUUUUGUUUAUUGUUUGUGUAUCGCGGCUUUAUCUAUUUGACGGUAGGAUGUGACGUAAACGUUAAGCAAAAUGGCACUUGGUGUGUUAAAAUAUUUAGCCAGUGUUAUAUGUAAAUCGCGUUUUUCUUAUCUAUCUCAGGAAACCAUAACGUAGUUAAAUAAACGAGGUCGAGUUUGUAAGCGAAUUACUAUAGGUUUACAAGUAAUCUUUAACCAUUAGAAAACACAUGUUAGAAUUAGUUAAAAAAAUCAUAUACGUUUUACAUAAACAUAUAUGCACGCGUAAAUGUUAUCGUAAUAUAUAUUCUAUUUAUGUUAACUAGUAGUUCACAUGUAGUUUGAAAUUAAAUUUGAUAUUUAAGUAUUUUUAUCUUAUCUUUACAAAAAGAGAAAGCUUUAUGAAUAUAAGCAUUUUUUAGAAGAAAUAGUAUGAUAAGAGAGCUCGAGCGAAAAAAUCUAAUCUUCACAUAUACCGUCUAAAUAGUGAUUAAUGUUGAUUUAAAGUAAUGAGAAUUUUUGUUUCAAUGCGUUUUACCCGAUAUUGUAUGUAUCACAAUAAGGAAAUAUAUAUAUACGCCCUUUC